AUGGGUCGAAGUCGAAGCAGAUCAAGGGACCGACGAAGACGCUCGAGGUCGCGUGAAGAGCGACGGGAUCGUGAACGAGAUCGACGCUAUAAAAGGGAAAAAAAUAGGCGACGUCAUCGUGAUUUGAAUAGUGCGAACAAUUCAGAUGAUGAUAUUGAAACACUACUUAAACGAGAAAGGCGCAAGAAUGGUGGUAGUUGUGAUUCACCUAGCACAUCACUCUCAGCUCUUGUUAAUGAAUUAGGUGCUGGCGCCAAAUUUGAUGCAACACAACUAAGUCAAGCUGCCAAGGAUUGGCUCGAUGCGAGAGUCACUGAACAGGUUAGCACAAGAGUCGCUGAUCUGGAAUCGUUAGUACAAGAACGCGUUUCCAAAGCUCGUUCAGAACUUGAAGCAAGAUUACGUGCUCAAAUAGAGCAAGAGAUGAUUCAUGAAGUUGAAAUGAGUAGAAAAAAAGAAGAAGAAUCAAAGAGAAAAUGUGCCGAACUCGAGCAAAAUUUGGAACGAAAAAUGAAAGAAUUAGAAGAGACAGAACGAAAAUUGAAAGAAGAACGAUUGUCGAUGUUAGAAACAAAAGCCAAACUGGAAAUGGAACGUAAUGCUCUGAAAAUGGAAAAGGAUUCAUUGACAAGGACUGAACAACAGGCAAUACUUAAUAAAGGUGGAACAAUGAGGCCGCCUAUCAAAAUAAAAUUCGGUUCAUCUAAAUAA